GGUAAAACAGCAAGACCCUACGGCUUAUCCCUACCCGACAAUAUCGAAGAAAGAGAAUUACACACGAGGACGUGUGAUAGUCAGGAUGGCCGUGUCGGAGAUGAAAGAACACCGGAGCCUUUGGAAUUUUGGAUAACCCCGCAACAUUGUAACCUAGAGUCUACUAUAGCUGUAAUUGAACAAUUGUAGUUAUUCAACCUGAUUGUAAUUAUUCGAGAAUUGUGAUAAUGAGCUUGGGCUCGAGGCGACAGUCAGUCGCCGAACGUAGCCGCGGUCACGGGAUGAACGCUUUGCCUAACAAAGGUAUGGAGUAAUUCUAUAGCUCUCCUUAAAAGAAAUAUUCGUGGCGACACGCGACAGUAAACAUUCCAACGGUUUCUGUCCCGUGGCUCGCCACACGCAGACUCUAUUCUUCGAGUAAGAUGAUUGCCAGAUGUCGAUGCGUCUCCGCAGUACAUGUUCGGCUAGCUCGAGGGCCCGUUAUAAAUCUUAAGAUUUAGUCAACUAAAGUCCUUCAAACAGACAAACAGUCUUUGUCCCAACUACGGGAAAAUAGGGGAGACCUAUUUUUCAACGAGCGGCGUCUCCCACUAGCAGCUUUCCCUCGAGGGCGGGUAGCAUCUUUUUCUAACCACCGAUAUGGAGAUUGACCAAUUAGCAGCAACGCCAAUUUCCCUUACUUUCUGAACGAAGGCUUUUCUCGACGAAUCCGAUGAUCUCGUGUCCUUAGACACACCCCAUUAUAGUUUUCCUCCGUGGCAUCAUCGGGACGGGAAAGACAUUCUUUCUCGCGAUCUCAUUGAUGAAAGGAGUAACUCUUUACGACCAGUGAAUAUUACGCGUCCGACUUAGAUUUUGUGAGUACGUUCAUCUAUCAUCCCGUCGACCGCGGAUUCGUUAUUGAACCUAGGAUCAUUGUCAUUAGUUUCUCGAGUACCUAACUACCGCGGUUACUUGUCCGGUUCUAUAAUAAUCGUAUUUGCACUAGUCAAUGUCUUCUCUAUUGCAUAACGACAACGUGUAACCCAAACGAAGAUUCGUUUCACGCCCCUAACCCUAAUUCUAAUGUAAACCCGACAUAUAAAAUUUAUGUGUAUCAGAAUAAUAAAGUAUUAACGUACACCGCUCUAUUCUCUUAUACAUUGCAAACUGGAAUGAAUUCGUUUUAUUGCAUAUUCAUUCAUUCAACACAUACGCAAGACGCUCGUCUCAUGGCGUUUUCCUUUUGUCUUUCUCUCUUUCAUUUUUCGCUCGUACAAUACAGAUGUACAUACAUCUAUUUUUUAACAAUAAAUAAUAAGCAACGUGUUGAAGAAGAAAAAAAGAGAAAUAAGAAACGCGCGAUUUUAUAUAUUUUUUGGAUACAUAGAUUCCAUUAUAAAAUUAAUAUUUAUCUUUGCACGUGUAAAUCAUUCAAUGUUCUCCGUUUUGAAAAUGUGUUAGAAAUAUGGAUUGAUGUUAAGAUGUGUAGAUGUACUAUGCUACACGCAUUAUACCUAGGCAUAUAAUUACUAGCGUACAUGUCUAGGCACAAGUACUGUUGCUCUUCUCUAAAUAGAUUCUAUUCUGGAAAUCAACUUCCUCUCAAGCAAUACGCUUAGUUAGUCUAUAUCACCGUGCAAAAGCGGACGCUCCUUGUUUUAAAUAACAAAGUAGUUUAUCGCGUCGUGUGUUGUAUAAUUUUUAAGUUACUUUUUCGACUAAAUGUAUAUUUGUUUCAAUUAUUUUUGAAUAGCUACAUUUGUAAUACUAAUACUUUUUAAGCCCCACAUAAUUUAAUAUUAGCUCUUUUUUCAGAAUUUAAUGAAUCACUUCGUACUUUUAAUUUAUAACAGAAUAUAUGUGAACUAAACUUCUAUUUAAAUUUUGUAUUAUAUAAAACUUAUUAUAAAAGUACAUAACAGUUAUAAGUGAAUGAAAUUCAUUAAAUGAAAGAAGAUAUUUAAAAAUUUUUUGUUCGAAUUCUUACGAUUAAAAAGUUAUUUGUGGUAAGUUUUGAGAUCGCAAAAUUUUUUCCUCCUUCAUUUCUUUUUUUCAAUAGGAUGAUGCAUUUAAUUGCACGGCUAAUCACAAUACCGUGUGUUUCAUUAAAUUUUGUGCAUUUUUAUAUUCAAAAUACAUUUUUUUAUAUUCAUAUCCCAUUUCUAACGACUUCAAAUUAAUAAAUUUUUGUAUAAUUAAAUUAUAUUUUUCGCUUAUCUAUUUUUUAGACUAUAUAUUUUAAUCGCUCAAUUAACAAUGUUAUACGUGAAUAUGUAACUCAAUCAAACUGUGAUGAAAAAGGAAAAAUAUCUAUUAUUUUUAUGGAAAAUUUGUUGUACUUUCAAUAUUAAAGUUUUUUUUUUUGGUCAUAGUAUGUAUUAAAUAUAUCAUACUAAUUCGAAAUAUUAUUGGAAUUUCUAUAUUUUCAAAUUAUUAUUUAAUAACGAGAGAUUAUAAUUUAAUGAUUUAAAUCUCUGUUACUAUAAAUAAAAAAUGUUAGCACAUAAAAUAAUAUUAAAAUAAUUAAGAACAUAUGAAUCACUUUUACCACAACGUAUGUAAUAUAUGCAUUUUUGUAAACGAGAUUGUUACAAGUUUUAACAAUGGAAUCUCAGACUACUUGUGCGAUUUGCGGGAAAAAUGCAAUUCAUAAAUGUAGUGCCUGUGGAAAUGUUUAUUACUGCAGUAAGCAACAUCAGAAAGAGGAUUGGAGGAAUCACGCAAAAGCUUGCAAAAGUUUUAAGUUAGCAGAAGAUUCCUUAUUGGGUCGUCAUUGUAUAGCCACACGAAAUAUCAAAGUUGGGGAAAUUGUUUUGAAAGAUGAUGAACCUCUGAUAGCAGGUCCUAUGUAUAAUUGCGCUCCUGUGUGCCUUCGCUGUUACACGGUCUUGAACGAAACCAUUGCAGUAGCUUGUGAAAAAUGUGGUUGGCCUCUUUGUCAAGAUUGCAAAGAUCAUGGAUUAGAGUGUAAUUUUUCUUCUUCUCGCAGAGAUCAUAAGGUAUCUAUAACUGAAUUUGGCCAUCCACAUCCAAGUUAUCAAUGUAUAACUGUCAUAAGAGCGUUAGCAUCGAAGGAUGUUAAUUUAGAAUCUUAUAAGAAAUUACUAUCGCUCGAAAGCCAUUACGAUCGAAUAAAUUCCCAUGAGCUGUCAAACACUGUUCGCUUUAUUAAAAGAUUUUUCAAAACAGAUGAUAUAUCGGAGGAGGAAAUGACAAAAAUCGUCGGCAUCUUGCAGGUUAAUGGACAUGAAGUUCCGCUUACUGAUCCACCAUACGUAGCAGUUUACGAACUGACAUCGUUACUUGAGCAUAACUGUAAAGCAAAUUGCUCGAAAAGUUUCACUGAUACUGGAGGGCUGAUUAUUCAUGCUGCAGUACCUAUUGCAAAAGGAGACCACAUUUCUAUAUGUUAUACGGAUCCAUUGUGGGGUACUGCAAACAGAAGACACCAUCUUCUUAAAACAAAAUUUUUUGAAUGUACUUGUGAUCGAUGCAAGGAUCCCACAGAAUUUGGAACAAUGUUUAACGCUUUAAGGUGCAAUCGAAUGAAUUGUCCAGGAUACAUAUUACCCAAAACAUUUUUUGAACAGGAACAGGAUUAUACAUGCAAAAUUUGUGAAUCAAUUGUUCCUUAUGUGGAAAUUGAAAAAAUGUUAGAAGAUAUUGGUAUAUACCUUUCAACUAUCAAGAAAAAUGACAUUAUUGCAUGUAAAGAAUUUAUAAGUCGUUACAAAAGUACCCUCCACCCAAAUCAUUUUUACAAUAUUGAUGUAACGAUUGCUCUGGCUCAAUUGAUUGGACAACAAACUGGAGGAUUAGCAGCAGUUGAAACAGAUCUUCUCAUCGAGAAAAUAGAAUUAUGCAAAAAACUGGAUAAAUUGCUCAAGACACUCGUUCCUGCUGAAAAUCGAAUUCGAGGUCUGAUUCUUUUCGAAUUACAUGCAGCCCAAGCAGACCUUAGUAGGAGGCAUACAGAAAUGGAGAUUUUAGUGCCAUUAUUGCAGGAGUCAAAGAAGUAUUUAGUUGAUGGCUAUCAAUUGCUGAAGUAUGAACCAAAAAUUCUACCGGAAGGAAAAAUAGCUCAACAUGCAGAACAAAAUUUCCACGAAAUAAAUAAGCUCUUAAAACGAUUCACUGUAACAUAAACUUUAUCAGUACGUAGUUUGCUCAGUAAGUUCUACGUUUGGGAGUAAAUAUUAAACGAAAAACAAAACUGUAUAUAUACAUAGCCUUCGUAAGCAAACAAACAUAUUGAAAUAAAUUUGUUAAAAAAAUUUUAAUAAGUACAAUUACAAGUGGUAGUUAUCAUGUAUUAGCAUUCUUUGAUUGAGGGGUUCAUUUUUAGCGCAUGUUAGAAAAAUUAACACAUGGAAUCAAUGAUAUAAUUUAUAUUCCUGUUCUCUUAAUUUGGUAGGUGAUUUUAAAAACUUCUAACGAAUCACCAAUCUUACUUCUUCUGGAAGGGAUACGGCGAUAGAAUAAAUUCUCCAUACGCUUUGUGUUUUGCCGGUAGCGAAAAAUACUGAAAAAAUACCGAAUGUACAACAGAGAGGGAUACAGUAGGGGUACAAUACAGUACAGGGCGGGAACAAUAGAAAAAGAUUAAAAGUUUACGUAUCAGGGAAUAUCACCGUUGCAACGGCAAACCUUCGUUCUUUUCGGUUCCCUGCGAAAAAAGAUUUUGAUACUGACGAACCUUUUCUGACGAAAGCGAGAUCGAACAUGAUACAAUUUGACUCAUAUUUAUUUAUCUAAUUAAUAAUUCGU